CUCCUGGGAGUGGGCUGUGGCCGGGGCGGCAUGGAUGGCUGGUGUCACCUCCUGGGAGUGGGCUGUGGCCGGGGCGGCAUGGGUGGCUGGUGUCACCUCCUGGGAGUGGGCUGUGGCUGGGGCGGCGUGGAUGGCUGGUGUCACCUCCUGGGAGUGGGCUGUGGCCAGGGCGGCGUGGAUGGCUGUUCGUUUCCACAUUAGUCCCUUCUGUACUCAGGUCCCUGUGCCUGUCUCUUGCCCACCCCUGGCCUUUGCCCCUAGGCUGGUCCCAGUAGCAGGCACACUGAUCUCUCCUUUCCUUUAGAUCCCCCUUGGCAGCUCCAGAAAGACAGCUUGGACAAGAAUGCCCUCUCCGCUGGGUCCCCCACACCUGUCCGUCUCCAGUCCCAAGUCCAUGCUUGAAGAACCUGAGGCUGCGCGCCUGCGCUUUCGGGGCUUCCGUUACCAGGAAGUGGCAGGUCCACGAGAGGCCCUGGCCCAGCUCCGCGCGCUGUGCCGCCAGUGGCUGCAGCCUGAGCUGUGCUCCAAGGAGCAGAUGCUGGAGCUGCUGGUGCUAGAGCAGCUCCUGAGUACACUGCCUCCCGAGAUCCAGGCCUGGGUGCAGGACCAGCGGCCAGGCAGCCCUGAAGAGGCUGUGGCCUUGGUGGAGGGGCUGCAGCAUGACCCUGGGCAGCUGCUGGGCUGGAUCACAGUACACGUCUUGAAGCAGGCAGUGCUCCCUGUGGCCCAGAAGACUGAGGAGUCCUUGGAGAGCCCCCGACCCUCAGGGACAGCAGAGGCCCCUGAGGCAGCCCUUGGGGAGGGUUUGCAAGAUGCCCGGAUGGAGAAAUCUACCCAGUUCAGCUGCGGUGUGAAGGAAGAGCCUGGUGUUGAUAGGCAGGAGCUGGGCCACAGCACCCUGCUUCCUGCCCAAUCCUCUAAGGGGCACCUUGGACAUGGAGAACAAGCUUGUACUUCCUUCCAGCCACCUAGGACUGAGGAGGAGUGGGGACUGCUGGACUCAUCGCAGAAGGAGCUGUAUUGGGAUACAAUGCUGGAGAAAUAUGGCACAGUUGUCUCCCUGGGGUUACCAGCUCCCCAGACAGCAGUCCAAGUCGAAUCCCAGCCUGAGAUACCACACAUGGAGUCAGAGGUCCAUGGGAGCCAUUGCCCAGCAAGUGAGAGCCAGAGCCUCCGUGAGGAUCCACCCAGUGGCCCAGAGGCCCAGCCGCCCCAGGACCCGGGAGCUGUUGCCUGGAAGGGUCAGCUCUCUGGGCCCAGCCCAGGGACACCGUCUGCAUGCCCUCUGCCCGCACCCCCAGGGGUCCGGCUAGAACCAGGUGCUCUGCAGAGGAAGCCCUACAUGUGCAAGCAGUGUGGCCGUAGCUUUGACUGGAAGUCGGUGUUUGUCAUCCACCACCGGUCUCAUACUGGCGAACAGAGCACAGAGAAGAUGCCCCAGGCUCCCCGGGAAUCCUCUACCCCACACCUCUCACGGCGUACUCUCACUGGCCCUCGGAGCUAUGCAUGUGAGGAAUGUGGCUGCAGCUUCAGCUGGAAAUCGCAGCUGGUCAUCCAUCGCAAGAACCAUGCCAGCCAGCGACGUCACUUCUGUGGUGACUGUGGCCGGGGCUUUGACUGGAAGUCACAGCUGGUUAUCCAUAGGAAGAGCCACCAGCAGGAGGUCCCCUGAGUUAUGCAGAAGGUGGCCCUGCCUUGGGGGCCUCACAUUCCGUGAAGCCUGGUUGCAGCCCCCAACCCCAGCAGCCCACCCGCAUUGGGCUAUCUCAGCGUGGGAGAUGGCAGGCAGCAGGGAACACCAGAGGAAUGUGGGGUUCCAGAGGGUCCCCUCCCCCUGAGUAGCCUGUCUUGAAAGGCCACUUGGGUGUGAAUGGCCUCCAUCCCUGCCUUGGAGUGAGGCCUCGGUUGGGAUCCAUAUCUGACCAGGUGUCUGACUGGUGAUGGCUGUACAGGCUGCCCAGGCUGAUGUGCACCCUGGGUGUGUCCUCAGAGACCCUGCUGCUCUGUAACCCUGGGCCCUGGGGCUGGUAUGGAAAGUGGCAGCAAGCCAGGACACAGGCAGCUCCCACUCCAUAGGACACCCAGACCUGGUAAGUGUUAGAAGCUUGGCAUUUGAAGUGGGUGUUUUGACUAAGAGUCCUGAUUCCUGGCUUCAG